CCCUCGGGGCUUUGGAGCAGGAUGGUGUGGAAAUGCCUGGGCGCCUGGCUCCUGCUGCCCGUGCAGCUGCUGUUCCUGGUGGCCAAGGCGCUCGUGGGCGCGCUCCUGCCCCCCAAACUGCGGGACUUGUCCGGGGACAACGUGCUCAUCACCGGCGGAGGACGAGGCAUCGGGCGACACCUGGCCAGGGAGUUUGCCAAGCGGGGGGCCCGCAAGGUUAUCCUGUGGGGUCGAACUGAAAAGUGCCUGAAGGAAGCCACAGAAGAGAUCCGGGCAAUGGGCACCGAGUGCCAUUACUUCAUCUGCGAUGUGGGGAAUCGGGAAGAAGUCUACCGGCAGGCCAAAGCCAUCCGCGAGAAGGUCGGGGAUAUCACCAUCCUAGUAAACAAUGCAGCAGUUGUUCACGGCAAGAGUCUGAUGGAGAGCGAUGACGACGCCCUCCUAAAAUCACAGCACAUCAAUACGCUGGGACAGUUUUGGACCACAAAGGCCUUCCUGCCACGGAUGCUGGAGCUGCAGAAGGGACACAUUGUGUGUCUGAACUCUGUCCUGGCUUUAUCAGCCAUUCCAGGGGUCAUUGAUUAUUGCACUUCCAAAGCGUCUUCCUUCGCCUUUAUGGAGAGCUUGACCCUUGGGCUGCUGGACUGCCCAGGGGUGAACGCCACCACCGUCUUGCCCUUCCACACGAGCACCGAGAUGUUUCAGGGCAUGAGAAUCAGGUUUCCCAACCUUUUCCCCCCACUAAAGCCAGAGAUGGUGGCCCGAAGGACAGUAGAAGCCGUUCAACAGAACCAAGCCUUCCUCCUCCUCCCAUGGACAAUGCAUAUCCUAAUUAUCUUGAAAAGCCUUCUCCCGCAAGCGGCACUUGAAGAGAUCCACAAGUUCUCCGGGAGCUACACCUGCAUGAAUACUUUCAAAGGGCGGACAUAGAGGCUGCGUCACUCUCGGGCACAAAGCCAGAAGAGGCUGCGACCCCCUGACACGAAUGUCAGCCUGCCGGCCUGGGCUGUCCGCCUGCUCUCCUUCGCCCCGGCAACACCUUCGCCGCUACAGCAAUGUGGCCUCUGCGAAAGACAGACCCUGUUCGCUGGGGACGUGGGAGCGAACCGUGGGGAGGAGGGGAAGAGGCCGAUUCAUUUGAAACCAAUUGUGCCAUUUGUUCAUAGUUUUCUUGUCUUUCAAGAGUUUCAGGGUCUAGCUGAAUCUUUCCAUGCCGGACACAUUCCACUGGGCUUCCCAAGAAUUUAAGGGUUUCUUUCGUAUUCUCUAAUUGGUAAAGCUCAUCAGAUGAUUUUCAAAAGCAUAGUCCGCUUCUGGUCGCUACAUUUGCAGUCCGAGAAAGCAACCCGGCUUCUUUAGGCUCUGCUCCACCACUGAAAGGGUACGGAACGUUCCUUUGUGACGGACAGCCGCAGGGGCUUUUGACUAGACUCCUAAGAACAAAGACAAGCAACUUGAGCAACUUCUUGAAGGGCUUCCUCAGAUGGCUUCCUAGGAGAGGACCAUGUUUUAUGCAUGAGGUGGAUAAAGGGGUGAGAGAGAGAAUGUUUUGUCCCUCUGGCGUAAUAUGAGAACUGGCAGAUACCUAAUGGCAGUGAUUGGCAGCUCGUUCAGGACAGCCAAAGGGAAGUCCUUCACUCCAUGCAAAAUUAGCGUGCAGAGUUCGCUUCUACAAGAUCCACAAAGGCCACGCAUUUUGUCGGCAUUUGAAAGAGGAUUACUCACAUCCCUGGAAGGAAGCUGUGUCCAUUGGUAUGAGCCACCACCGUUGAAUUGAUUCCCCGUGCUUAGAGGUAGUAUGCCUCCAGAUAGCAGUUCUGGAGGGAGUAAUGACGGGGUAAUUUCCAAGUCCCCCCUGUAGGCCUUCCAGUGGAUCUGGUUGACCUCCGUGUGACACAAACGGCUGGACUGGAUAGACUAUGGUCUGACCCGAAACGAAAUAAGGCAACAUCGUAUUUAAUAUUGUGACAUGGUUUUAAUUGUAAGCCAUCUCGAUCCAGACUCUGAAGAGGUGGUAUAGGAACAUCCUAAAUAAAUACAUACAUCUGUUCCCCAUA